UCAAUAGAGGAAGUGAGAAGAAGUUCAACUGCAUGCUUAUCUGUAAUGGGGCAAAUCGAAGGAAAAAAUACUCUGUCACCUUCAUCACGACACCUAUGAAAGAUUGUGUUCUCUGGCUUGCAUGACCGUGUAUGCAAAUUUUUUAAGAUUUUAAGUCAACUGUGAAAACUUCCUUUUUUUAAAAAAAAAAAACAAAAAACUCUUGAGCUAGGAGGGAUGGUGUGUGCUACAGACUUCUAUAUGUGGAUCUUCUGAGAUACCCAGCUGAUGUCCAAUGUGAAAAUGGAUGCUCAGACUGUCGGGUGGUUGAUAUUUCUGGCCCUCAUAAAAAAUUUUUCUGCAAGUGGCUCAGAAGCUCCCUUUCAACUAGAACCCUCUGAGCUUAUAGCUAAAGAGGGAUCCUGCACUGAAAUCAAAUGCACAGUCAAAACAUCUUUUCCCGCUGAUGCUAAUGAUGCAUACUGGUUUUGGAUGAAGGAUGCAGAAUGGAUACAGGACACCAAGAAGUUUAGUGCCACUAUUGUUUACAGCACAAAUAACACAAACCGUCCGGUCAGUCCAGAGUUUGUAGACAGAGUGAAAUAUGUCGGCACUCCAUUUUCAAGUUGGGGAGAAAAAUACUCACCACGGCCGCUGUGCAGUAUUUUGAUCUGUGACCUGAGAAUAAAUGACAGUGGAGAGUAUUCUUUCAGAUUUAUGGGAAAACAACAAAGCCAUGUGUGGGUAACUAGGAAAAAUGUGACCCUCAAAGUUGAAGGAAAUCAAUGCCUGCUCACUUUUAAGAAACCACCUGCUGUGAAGGAAAACGACACGAUAACACUCACAUGCUCCACUUUAAGUUCAUGUCCUUCAGACCCAAAAAUUGAAGGUUUGCCACAACGUGAUCCACCGUUGCUCACAAACUCUCAACAAAAGAAGAACAUCACGGUCAGCUUUAAAGCCAGCUGGGAGGAUGAUGGGAAGGAGUUUUCAUGCCAAACACAGGAUAACACGGACAAAUAUUCUAUUAAGAACAUUAGUGUAACUGUUGAAUAUGCUCCUAAAAACAUAUUGACUAAGAGCCCUGAAAAUGUCAAGAAGGGAGAUUCAGUGACUCUCACUUGCUCUGCCAAAGGACGUCCUCCUCCAAAAUUUUUCUGGUUUAAACGAGAAGGCAUUAACCACUUGGAACAGUCCUCAAAUGCAAAUUGGACCAUUAAUUCAAUCAAUGAGUCACAGAGUGGACUAUACUACUGUAAAGCUCGGAACGAACAUGGAGAAAUUCAGUCAAAUAAUGUCAACAUUACUGUUGAAUAUGCACCUCGUGUUGCAAUAAAGAUGACUCCAUCUACCAAUCAGACUAAGAGAGAAGGAGAUCAAAUGAAUUUAACAUGUGAAGUGAUGAGCAGCCAGCCAAACCCCGACACCUACACUUGGAAAAAAGAUGGAACAAUUGUUGAUUGGAAGAAGACGUAUGUUGUUGCCAGUAUCAAGCCUGAGCAAAUAGGCAACUACACAUGUGAAGCCACUAACAGUGUGGGUACCGGAACAUCAAAGGAACUUCAAAUCGAGGUUCAAUACCGGCCCAUGAAACCAAAAAUUGACAACCCUAAUUUUCCUGACAACAAAGUGAAAGUUAAUAGUCCCGUUGUACUCCACUGUAACACUACUGCCCGUCCUGCCCCAGACACAUACUCCUGGUACCGUUACAGCAAAGAUAAAAAUAUUGACUCCUGGACGUCCAACACAACUAGAGAAAACAGCCUAAAUUUGGGGACAGUACAAAGAGCAGAUGAAAUAUGUUACUUCUGCAAUGCCACCAAUCCCAUUGGGACGGGACCUAACAGUGAAGAAUCUUGCAUCGAAGUACUGUAUCCUCCCACCAAACCCACACUCUCUAUGGCUGCUGAGGUCACGGAAGGUCAGGCCAUGACCAUCACAUGUACCACUGAAAGUCAUCCAGCAUCAACUUUAAGUGUGACAAGGACAAAUUCUAAGCCUUUACAAUUCCCUCAGCACAACAUGUAUCAUGACCCCAUCAACAAUUUCAGCUUCACAUUUAACGUGACUUCAGCCCACGCUGGCGUUUACUCCUGCAAGGCCCAGAACCAGGAGGGUUCAAACGAAAGUAAACAAAGGACGUUGGUGGUGAAAUAUUCUCCCAAAGACGUGACAGUUCAAGCUCGGCCUGAUUUUCUUGUGACUGAAAAUACGUCGUUGACGCUGCACUGCAGUGCCCAGUCCUUCCCACGGGUGACCUCUGUCACAUGGAUGAAGAUGACUGGUGGGAAAAAUGAAACCAUCAAGGAGAAUGCGAACUUCACCAUAAAGUCUGCCAGUUUCUCUGACAGCGGGCUGUACAGCUGCGAAGCGAGAAAUGAAAUUGGAACUGUAAAAUCUAAGCCAGCUGAGGUUAAAGUCAAAUAUGCUCCAAAACACACAGAAAUCUUCAGAGAAGCAGAGAAGCGGGAGCGUGACGGGAGGAGCUCCGUGAAGCUGAGCUGCAGCAGCCACAGCUAUCCCCCCGUCAGCCACUAUUCAUGGUACAAGAAGAUAAAUGGCAAGGGAAAGGGUACAGUAGUGGGUUCGCAACAGAACCUCACAGUGUACUCGGACAAACCAGGAUACUACUACUGCAUCGCAAAAAAUGAUAUAAACCAAAGAUCGUCUGAGCCGGUGCCCCUGUUUCAGCAAGACUUAAUGAAGAUCCUGGGGUUGUUCUUUCUCUGUCUUGUUAUCCUGCUCAUUAUUUUGUUAAUUCUCCUUGUUAACAGAAAGAGGAAGAGAAAAUCAAUUCAACAAAGAGCAACAAACACACACCCCCAAUCUGGGUUUUUGACUUGGUGGAAUGGCUCCAGGAGUGGGAAUCUGAUGAAUGAGACUAUCUUGGCAGAGCCUUUCAGGAGCAGAGAUGACCUCUUGCCAGACCAGCCGUGGCACUCAAACGCCCAGCAACGCCAUCCUCAUCCAGACAGCACGCCUGCAUCCAACAUCAGCACUGUUUACUCCACUGUGAAUCUGGCCCCUAGAGGACAGGCUCCCACUGCACAAAAACCCACAAGACAGCAAGAUGGACACAGCCCGGGUGAUUCUCUCAACUAUGCUUCUCUGCAAUUUGGGGAGUCAAAGAACAUACUGGUGAAAGCAGAAGAGGAAACAGUGUACUCAACGGUGCCCAAGCCGAGGCCCCUUAAAAAGAAUGAACAAGAAAGGCUGGAGGACUAUGAAAACAUCAAUACAGUAUAUGUACCCAAAUCUCCAAAUCCAUUAAACGAUGACUCCGACACCAGUGAAGAUGAAGCCGACCUCAACUAUUCACGGGUGACAUUCUCGGUAAAACCAGGACAUCAGAAAGUCGACAGUGACUCCAGCACCUCUGAUGAAGAUGAGAUUCACUACUCUGAGGUCAAAAUCUGACUUGGGAGAGAUUUUUAUUCUACUUUACAAUUCUGAGAGUCUGAGAUAUCCUGAAUUUUGUUCAUAAUCAAUGAUCAGGGUUUAUAUAGAAAAUAAGGGUUUUACUACUCUGCAGCAGUGAUUCCCAAGCAGGGGUACGUUGGCAGACCACUGCUCUAAAGUAUUUUGCAGUAGUUUCAUCCCCAAAAUAUCACUUUUUGUGCAUUCCUGCUUGCUAGUGCUGUGAACUUAAUCCAAACCCACUGCACCUGAAAUGUAAAUAUGGAUCAACUGUAAAAGAUUUUAUUUUUAAAGUCCUGUAUAAAGAAAAUAUGUCGCGACAAAUGUACUUUAAAGUUUAUUGAUAUUACUGUGAAGCACAAAAUGACAUGGCUGUAAGGAGGCUUGUUUCUGAAGUACGCAUGUUCAAACAAUGUACUAUGCUUCAUUCCAUCACCUGCUUUGACUGUAGCUUUUGUAUAACUGCCAACUGAAAAGCUGGAAGAUUUACUUUUUGUGUUUAUUUAAUAAGCACAAACAUUUAUGUAUUUUAGCAAAAACCAAAUAUGAAUUUAUCAAUUAAAGUGUUUAAGUGUUUUACAGA